AUGGCGGUCCAACAAGAUGCGUCAAUGGAAGAGAUCCUUUGGCGAUCUCCCCCGCACGUCCAAAUGAUGGGAGGGUUCCUCCAUUCAAACAACAAAUCACCUUUCUUUGAUGCCACCUCGAACAAUGCCUCACUCGUCAUCCAGGCCAACUACAAUGAAGCUUUUCGCCAUUUCGUCGAGACACGAGAAGCCUUUGAGAACCGACUACGGACCAUGCAGGGACUGGAAUUUGUCGUUGCGUACGAUCCAUUGCAAGCCGCCGCGCAGUCUGACACUAAAUUCGCCCACGAGCCCUCGAACAUAUGGGUGAUUCACAAGCAAAUGCGAAGAAAGCGGGCAGGCCAGGAAGAUGAGAUAGUGGUGCUUUCAACCUUUUUUGUGGUGGGAGAUUGCAUCUACAUGGCGCCCUCCGUAGCGAGUGUCGUGGGAAACCGCAUUCUCUCGGCUGUCACAUCUCUUACCAGUCUAUUGAAAACCGCUUCGACAUUGCCUACUUUCACGCCGUCGCACGGACAUACUUAUCUACCGCCGGCCCCGAAGCCAGCAGAUGGCGGCCAACCCGGACUUGCCUCUCAACAGAGCAAGGAGAACACUCCAAUGCCUGACGCAGAGAACUCGGCAAGAGUUCCCCUUGUGGGAUCGCAGACGGGGAACACUGCGUCAACAUUCCAGGAUACGAGGACACUUGCGGAGUCAUUCAAUCUUUUUGUUCGAUACGAAAACGAAUAUAUGGAUGAGAGUCCGUUGGUGGGUGAGCCUGGGUCUUUUAUCAUGUCUAAAUCAACCGAAACCGGGGCAGCGAAGCAGCCACCGAUUCCGGUGCCCAUGAGGACUGAAACACCCGUUGUGAGAGUCGAUACCCCUGGGAAGGUGCCGGAGAAGGUGGGCACUCCGUUGAGUUCCGACGAGAGCAGAUUGAAGAAGAAGAAAGGUCGAGCUGGAAGUUGA